GCCCGGGCAGUGGGCGCGGGGCGGUAGCGAGCGCUGCAGCCGCCACCCCUCCCCACGCAGCCACCCCUCCGCUCCCUACGAGGCGGGAGAAAGGGGGCUGCGUGCCCCCUUCGCAGGGGAUGGCGGCCUCGGGCCCUCCGCAGCUUCCGUGGCUGCGGCUGGGCCCGCGGCUGCGGGCCGGGCUGGAGGUCGCGCUGCGGGUGCCCAGCCUGUUCCUCAUCGACGCCAUCUUCAACUCGUCCCCGCUGCCGGGGGGUUCCCUGUGCGCCGCGCUCCUGGGCGUGCUGCUGCGGCUCCUGGGUGUCUUUGUCUCCAGUGUUGUUCUGGUCUUACAACAGCGAGCACUUUUCAAGUUUUAUAUGAUCGCCUCGGCAUUCCUGCUGGCUGCAACUUCAGUGUUGGUGAAUUACUAUGCUGCUUUGCACAUAAACUUCUACAGUGCCUACUACACAGCUGCAUUUGGAAUCCAGAUCUUCCCUCAUAAAGGACCUUCGCUAUGGAUGGCGCUUUCCAUCCUUCAGCUGACCUUUGGAAUUGGGUAUGUUACACUGCUGAACGUGCAGUCCAUAUACUCUCAACUCAUCAUCCUGGAUAUACUGAUUCCUGUCAUUGGCUUGAUUGUUGAAUUACCUUUAAAUGUCCGGCAGAUACUAGUUUUUAUUUCAGGCCUGGUUCUGACACUAAACACCACAGCCAUUUUGGUGAUGAAAAUUAAAUGGUUCUAUUACUCGGUGCGCUACGUUUAUCUGCUGGUGAGACACAUGUAUCGCAUUUACGGAUUACAGCUCUUGAUGGAGGAUACAUGGAAAAGGAUUCGGUUUCCAGCUGUACUGCGUGUCUUCUGGCUAACGAGACUUACAGCCCAGGCUGUGGUAUUAACAUAUGUUGUAAAGAUGGCUGAAACUAAUACAGAAGAGAAAUUCUUCUUGAUAUCGUGGGAUAACUGCUGGGAACUGCUCUGCAGCCUGAUCAUAAGUGGGUGUGACUCCACUUUAACUGUGUUAGGCAUGAGCGCCGUCAUCUCCUCCAUCGCGCAUUACCUGGGGCUCGGCAUCUUGGCCUUCAUCGGCUCCACUGACGAGGAUGACAAAAGGCUGGGGUUUGUAGCGCCCGUCCUGUUUUUCAUCUUGGCUCUGCAGACCGGUUUGAGUGGACUGAAACCAGAAGAACGGUUGGUGCGCCUGAGUAGAAACAUGUGCCUUUUGUUGACCGCAGUCCUGCAUUUUAUCCAUGGGAUGACAGACCCUGUGCUGAUGUCUCUCAGUGCCUCCCACGUGUCGUCGUUUCGCAGACACUUCCCUGUCCUGUUGGUUUCCGCUUGCCUUUUCAUCCUCCCAGUUCUGCUCAGUUACAUCCUCUGGCACCACUAUGCACUAAACACAUGGCUUUUUGCCGUGACGGCAUUCUGUGUCGAGCUCUGCCUCAAAGUAAUAGUUUCUAUUACUGUUUAUAUAUUGUUUAUGAUUGAUGGCUACUAUAAUGUGCUAUGGGAAAAACUUGAUGAUUAUGUCUAUUACGUUCGGUCAACUGGCAAUAUUAUUGAGUUUAUCUUUGGAGUGGUCAUGUUUGGGAAUGGAGCUUACACAAUGGUAUUUGAGUCAGGCAGCAAGAUCCGCGCUUGCAUGAUGUGUCUACACGCGUACUUCAACAUCUACCUGCAAGCAAAGAAUGGCUGGAAGACGUUUAUAAACCGCCGGACUGCUGUGAAGAAAAUAAACUCGCUUCCAGAGGUAAAAGGAAGUCGGUUACAUGAAAUAGAUGAUGUCUGUGCAAUCUGCUACCAUGAGUUCACCACCUCUGCUCGCAUUACUCCAUGCAACCAUUACUUUCAUGCACUUUGUCUUCGGAAGUGGCUGUACAUCCAGGACACUUGCCCUAUGUGCCAUCAGAAAGUGUACAUUGAGGACAAGGAAAACACCAGUGUUUCCAACAACAAUGGGUUUGUGGCACCCAAUGAAAACCCUGUAGAAGCUGCAGAAGAAGCUGCUGAUGCUGAAAAUGAAGUAAAUGAAGAUAACGACAGUUCUGACAGUGAAGAGGAAGACAGUGACUGUGUGGCACAGCAGUCAACUGAGACUCUGAAUGCUGACUCAGACUCUCUUGGUGAAUAAUGCCCUUUACAAAGCCGUGAGGUAUUUGUUUAAAGCUGACUUCCAACAAUAAAAGUAUCACUUUGUAGUUAUUGUCCUUAAGCACAACAGCAGUAUCUCAGUGUUGAGUCUGUGAACAGUGGUGGUUUACUGUGGUGUGUGCUACUGUAAAUAUACCUCUGAUUUUUGCUGGUCUCUUUCAUGGCCACCUGAAAAUUAUGUACAUUAUUGUACAUGGAAUAAAACAUUUUCACAUGUUUUUAA